AUGAUCACGUACGACGUACGACGAGCGACUCAAGUCGUCGACGGGAUUUCUUCAACGGCCCUUCACUCUAUGGGUGAGGAACAACAGACGGAUAUGGCCGACGCGGAGCCCCAUCAGCAGGUUGCUGAACAAGCUGUCGUUCCCAGUGCAAAUCAUGGCGGAACUGUAGAAACUCACAGCGUCGUCAAGAUGCAGCUCCCCGCCGACUUGCCAUGGCCAAAACCCAUCAUAACGCUACCGCAACUAGUUGUCAGACCCUACCAUCCAUCAGACGUCCCAGCUAUUGCGCGAAUGGCGAACAACAAAAAGGUGGCCUGCAACAUGACUGACCGGUUUCCACACCCUUACACCGAACAGGACGGUGUCGACUUCAUGCUCAAAGCGCUCAAUCCUAAGAAAUCAAACGUGUAUGCCUGGGUCGUGUCCCUCACGCCAGAAGGUCCCCCAAUCGGUGGCUGCGGCUUUGUGCCAGGCACCGACGUGCUAAGACGCAAUGCGGAGAUAGGGUACUGGCUGGGAGAAGAGUUCUGGGGUAAAGGAUAUGCUACGCUUGUGUGCGAUGCACUUACAAAUUGGGCAUUUGAGCAGGAACAAGGCAUCACGGGAGAGAAGUUGCAAAGGGUCGGAGCCCAGGUGUAUGGCGGAAACAAAGGUAGCGAGAAGGUGUUGAUGAAGUGUGGCUAUAAGCAUGAGGGGACAAUGAGGGACAUUGUUUAUAAGUGGGGUGAGGUGCGAGAUCUGAAAGCAUAUGGGAUGAGGAGGUUGGAUUGGGAACAGAGGAAGCUGAAGAAAUGCACACAUUAG